UAUUUUUUCGCAAUUUUUGCAUUGGAAAUCUGUGAGGAAAAUCCAAACGCGGUGUGUGGGCGGUCCGCGAACCGAUUCCGGAGUGCCACCGUACGGGCAAGUGGUGCAGACAACCCCGGAGAACGUCGUCGUGAGAAGCUCUACCCGGUGUGGCUCUGGCCAUUUGGUGGAAUCGAUCGCAAAUACACGUAACCACGGCGGGACAGCGCCAUCAACGUCUUCGUCCAGAAAGUGCAAGUCUCGGUGGUGGUGAGCCUGGAGGCAAGAUCUGCCCUUGUUCCUGCCUCUGCUGCUGCUGCUGCUGACCACGGAAGCACGUCCAGGGCCGACUCGGCAGCGGCCAGCCGGGGUGGUUCCGCUUGCUGUCCCCGCCGGAGGAGGAGGAGGAGAAUUGGUGGUGGCGGCAGUGACUACGACGACGACGACGGCGGCCAAAACGAAGACGAACCGGGGCAGAACCUAAGGAGCCCUCGAAUUUGGAUGUUCUUGCGUAUCUUCUUUCGCUGCUGUAACGACCAAGAAAUGAGUGCGCUGAACAAAUCCGCUGGCCCGACCGAGAACGGGGGCGAACACAACGAGCGGCUGGUCAUCCUGGACGCCGGAGCACAGUACGGCAAGGUUAUCGACAGAAAGGUUCGCGAGCUGCAGGUCAAGUCCGACAUCCUGCCGCUCGACACCCCCGCCCAGAAGAUCAAAGAGCUCGGCUACCGGGCGAUCAUCAUCUCCGGCGGGCCCAACUCGGUGUACGCCGACGAUGCGCCACAGUACGAUCCGGACAUUUUCAAAAUUGGGUUGCCUAUUUUAGGCAUUUGCUAUGGCAUGCAGAUCAUCAACAAGGAAUUUGGCGGUUCCGUACACAAAAAGGACAUUCGCGAAGACGGCGAACAUAAAAUCGACGUGGAGACGAGCUGCCCACUGUUUACUCGCCUGGCCCAGGAGCAGGUGGUUCUGCUUACGCACGGCGACAGCAUCGACCGGGUGGGCACCAAGCUAAAGGUGAGCGCGUACUCCUCCAACAAGAUCGUGGCCGGCAUCUACAAUGAGCAGAUGCGAAUCUACGGCGUGCAGUUCCACCCGGAGGUGGAUCUAACGGUCAACGGCAAAGACAUGCUCUCCAACUUUCUGUUCGAGGUCUGCGGGCUGGCGAAGAGCUUCACGAUCCGCAGCCGGCAGGAGGAGUGCAUGGCCUACAUCAAGGAACGUGUAGGAACGAGCAAAGUUUUGUUACUAGUAAGUGGCGGCGUAGACUCCACGGUGUGUGCAGCCCUGCUUCGAAAUGCCUUAAAGCCAGAACAGGUUAUCGCUGUCCAUAUUGAUAAUGGUUUUAUGCGUAAAAACGAGAGUGCCGCGGUGGAGAAAUCCCUGCGCGAGCUGGGCGUCGAUCUGCUCGUGCGGGACGCGUUCUACAAGUUCACCCGGGGCACCACCACGAUCAAGGUGCCCGGCUCGCUGUACAACCAGGACACGCCCAUGCUCUGCCAAACCAUCAGCCCGGAGGACAAGCGCAAGAUCAUCGGCGACGUGUUCGUCAAGGUGUCCAACGAGGUGCUGAAGGAUCUGAACCUGAACGCGGAGGAGGUCUUUCUGGCGCAGGGCACCCUGCGGCCGGAUCUGAUCGAGUCGGCCUCGUCGCUGGUGAGCACCAAGGCGGACACGAUCAAGACACACCACAACGACACGGAAUUGAUCCGGAAGCUGCGGGAGGCGGGCCGGGUGAUUGAGCCGCUGCAGGAGUUCCACAAGGACGAGGUGCGGCAGCUGGGAUACGAGCUCGGGCUGCCGGCCCAUCUGGUGGAGCGGCAUCCGUUUCCCGGGCCUGGCCUGGCGAUCCGGGUUCUGUGCGCGGAAGAGGCUUACAUGAAGGAUUACUCCGAAACGCAGGUCAUAGCUAAAGUAAUUGUGGACUACAAGACCAAGCUGGAGCAGACGCACGCGCUGUUGAACAGGGUGUCCAGCACGACGUCCAAGGAGGAACAGGAAGAGCUGUGUCGCAUUUCCAGCAGUAUGAAGCUGAAUGCCACGUUACUGCCAAUUCGAAGCGUUGGAGUUCAAGGUGACAAGCGGUCGUACAACUACGCGGUCGGACUGAGCAGCAACGAGCAGCCCAACUGGCAGGACAUGAUGUUCCUGGCGAAGCUGAUCCCGCGCAUCCUGCACAACGUGAACCGGGUAUGCUACAUCUUUGGCGACGCCGUCAAGUACCCCGUGCAGGACAUCACGCACACGCUGCUGACGCAGAACGUGAUCGCGCAGAUCCGGCAAGCGGACAGCAUCGUCAACAGGAUUCUGCUGGAGAACGAGUGCAUGCGCAAGAUUUCGCAGAUGCCGGUCAUCCUGAUACCGGUGCACUUUGACCGGGACCCGGCCCCCAAGACGCCCUCCUGCCAGCGGUCGGUCGUGCUGAGACCGUUCGUGACCAACGACUUUAUGACGGGCGUGCCGGCGGUGCCCGGAACCGAUCGGCUUCCUUUGCAUGUGCUGCAGAAGAUGGUCGACGAAAUCAGCAACCUCAGCGGCAUUUCCCGGGUGCUCCUGGACCUCACCUCGAAGCCACCGGGCACCACGGAGUGGGAAUGAUUCGCCCAACCGCCGACGACGCGAUGCCGCUUACCACACCACAAUUACUUCUACCCAUCAACAACUGCAACUGCAACCUUCGCGAGUGGUUAGAUUUAUGUUUUCUAAAAAAAAUCGCAAACAUUAGCCGUGAGAAGAUCGCGUCAAACGUCGUCGUCGUUGUUGUUUGCUUAGCGCGCGCGAGGCCAGAGAAAAUAAUGCUGUUGAACACAAGGAAUACGUUAUACACUAAAAGAAGAAGAGGAGGAAAAGGAAACAAGCAAGAAGCAAGAGAUGUGGCUGCUCCCGUCUUACAUUUAAUAUAUAUAUUUAGGAGUUAGGUACUUGGAAGGAUGUAUCAUGUACAGUAAAUGACAAAAAAAAAACACACACACACACGGAGGUAAAGAGACAGACAGAGGAUCGCAGGAAUUACACACGACGGCUAAUGGGUAAAUGUGAAAGGCAGAAACAAAUUUCGAGCAAAUAAAAGUCCAUCAUCGCUGCACUCCCCGAAAAAAAAAAUCACAACUUGUGUACUUUUCAAAACCAAAACUUCCUCCUUUAUUGCCAAUCGUAAUUAUGUGUGGAAUCAAACGGCAGCGUCCUUAUUACUAUUGCUUCUCAACACCCUAAAUCAGCAAGGUGAGAAAAAAACAAAAAAGAGUUAUGCAAAACUGUUACAGAGAGAAUCAAAGAAAACUCAUUGGUUAUUAGUUAGUGUACUUUUAAAAUUGUCCGUAACGGCGUUAGCUUCAAGCGCCCGAACAUCCAACAAUUGCGAAAUAAACGACGAUUAAGUUAAACAAGUGGAGCAUUUUUGUUGCGUUUCGUUAACAUCCAACCUUCAACUUUGAACCUGCUUUAUCUGUUAUUCACAGGUUUGGUUUGGGCAGGCGCGCGCUGUCUUGUGGAAAUACGCCGGAGGGAUGAAAAAAUAGACACACACACUGAUUGGAUACAAGCAAACGUGAAAAGUAGUAGGGUGAAAGUCUGUAACGGAAAAACUUUUAUUUAUAUGUGAUCAAGAGAUGAAAUCGAAAUACAUCAAUCAAGAUGCUAACAAAAAAACAA